AUGAAUAGCAACCCAGAUGCCAUGAAUGUUACAUAUGCGUUCUUCAUUACCUUAGAAUACUUGAACAUCUGUGAGUUCUCCGUGGCAGCCGGGCCCCUGAAAUACUUGUCUGAUCUGGAGGAGUGGCGCCAUGAGAACCGUGGCCUGGCCUUGCUCUUGGCGGCUGAUGCGUUGAUCCGCAAGAAAGUUCAUCGAGUGAGCUCUGAUCAGCGCAAGACAUUUGGCACGUUCUCUGCCGCCUUGCUUGAGGUCUUGACCAACCACAAACAGCUGUGGAAUGACGCUCGAUCAAGCGCAGAGUUGGACAAGUUCAAGCAGGUGCUGCAGACUACGGCGCCAUCUGCACCGUCAAAGAAGCGCUCCAGAUCUCGCUCGCAGUCAGCCCCAAAGGCUUCACCCAAAGCUCGAAAGAACAGGGCUCGUCGUGAACGCCAGAAGGCCUUGCUCAAGAAAGCUAAGGUUGGUCACGCCUCAACGCCACCUCCCAAGUCGGAUCAGGCCAAGAAACCCGCUCGAGAUGAACGGGUCCCGGCCCACGAAUGGCAGAAGAUUACUUCGUUCAAGUAUCAAGGAGCCAAGCGAUGCCCUUUCUUCAACUGCUCACUGGGUUGCCGCUUUGGUGAUCACUGCCGCCAGAAGCACAGCUGUGGGGCCUCACUGGAAGCGCCCCCCGGUCAAUGGAGCUGUCCAGCCACAGUGUGUUAUGAUGGCUUGUCGGCAUCUGCGCCGUCCGGUCGGAAAACGGCUGAUUCUGAGCCGUUCACUGUGCCUGGUUGGUCCCAGUUGACCGAAGAUUUCACCAUUUUGCGCUCGCAUGGCCCAUUUUUCCUGGAAAUUUUUGCUGGCCAAGCAGGCAUCACAGAGGCUGUUCAGCUGAUGGGUGUGCCUGCGCUGCCGCCAGUGGAUGUGGUUGUCUCUGAUCUGGUCAGCGAAGCAGCCGAUGUGUUGGAUCUGGCAGUGUGGGAGACUAUCAUGGCAAUCAUUGCUAUCAUUGCUGCCAGGCUGGUCUUCUUGCUCCAUUGUGGCACCCCGUGCAACACCUUCACUGCAGCUCGCAAAGAUGAUGGAGGACCUCCUCCACUGCGCUCUCGCGAUGCUCCUCUUGGUCUUCCAGGACUCACUACGACAAUGAUGGACCAGCUCGUCCACGACACACGAGCUCUGGCUGUUGAUUUUGAUCAAUGUGCCUUUGGGGCUCCGUCCAAGAAGCCCACACGUUUGUUGUGCUCAGCUGAACAUUUCGAGGUGCUCCAGGUACUUUGUCCAGGAGGGCACGUGCACGAGUCUUUGAGAGGCAAAGUGUUCGACCCCCUUCAGGGCAAACUGGUGUUCAAGACCAAGGCUGCGCAGGUCUAUCCUUGGGCUUUGUGUGCGGCGUUCGCCAGCGUUGCUCACGAUCUAUGGCAAGACCCUCUUCAUGCUCUACAACCUUUGCUGCAGCUGACCACGCCCCCUGCGGAUCGCAAACGCGAAGUGGGCUCCUGCAAACCGUGGCUCGGACACAAGCAGGAGGAGUCGGCUCUCAAAGCGCUCUGGGCGGGUUAUCAGCUGAAGCGGGGUGCGGCCAAGCCUUUGUUGCAUGUGGAGAUGGAACCUGGCCAAGCGAUCGAGGCGGCCUUGAACGUGAUCCACCCUUUCACCAUCGAGGCUCCUCUGGCAGCGAUGGAAGAAGUAGCCGUCCUCCAACUUCGGCGCCCGUCUGAGGUGAUCAUGGCUGAGCGGGCGCGGUUGCUACAAUUUUGGCAUGCUCAGGCAGUGGCUUUAUUGCCCCACUCAGUGGCGGCGAUCCGGGCGCUGCCCGAUCCCCAUCUGCGGCGUCUGCUCCUUGGCACUGACGACCUUUCCGUGCCGCGCCUUGGUCAAGUUUGCCACGUCGCAUUGUACGAGGCUAUGCUCAUGGCGUGCGGCUCGGUGGAUCAGUCAUUGCCCUCUUUUCUCUUGCACGGUUUUCCGAUCGUUGGUGAGAUCGCUCGCUCUGGUCGAUGGCCUCCCUACAAUAAGCCCCAGAAAGACAUCCCGGUGCAAGACGCAUUGGAUAGGGCCUGGGUUCUUCGGAAGAAGAUCAUCCAACGUGUUCAAUCAGUACAGAUCUCUGACAACCUUCAGAAGAUUUGGGAUGCAUCGAUCGAAGAUGUUGAGGAGAAAUCGUGCUUGGGCCCCUUUGUGUCUGAAGAGGAGGUCACGAAAGCUCUUGGGUGCGACGAUUGGAUCCCAACUCAGAGAUUCGAAGUUGUUCAGAAGAAUAAAGUUCGUGGUUGUGACAGCGCCACGACAAACAUGAUCAAUCAGAUCACCCGGAUCUCGGAGAAGCUACAACUGCCUUCUACAGACACGAAUGUCGCAGCUCUGCGCAAGUUGAGAACGAGCAAGCCUGGCGUGAAGCUGGCAGGGUGGGUGCUCGACGAGCGCAAAGCCUAUCGGCAAGUAGCGGUGCGACCUGAUCACCGGAAGUUCUCUGUUAUUUGCUUGAAGAAUCCGAAGACUGGUGCUCCCAAUUUCUUCAUCAUGAUAGGUCACUCAUUUGGCUUGGUCUCAGCUGUAUACAACUACAAUCGCCGAUCGGCGGCCAUUAACGAGUUCUUGGUCUCGCUGUUCGGCUUAGUGGCUUUCAGCUUCUAUGACGACAAAUAUGGUUUUGAACCUCUGGCGAUCGCGGGAAGUGCUCGUGCAGUAGCUGAACAUGUUCAUUUCUGGUUAGGUGCGAAGUUUGAUCAGAAGAAAUUGCAGCUAUCUACAGAGCCCACGAUCCUAGGGGUGACUUACAACCUUGAUCAGAUGCAGUUGGAGAUCAAAGCUGAGCGGAGAGAAGAGAUCACCCAGGAGAUUGAAGCGAUCGUGAAGGCAGGCAUUCUAGACCCUGGCUCGGCGGGGAAGUUGAAAGGUAAGCUCAUGUUUGGCGCUUCUCAGCUCUGGGGAAAAGUUGGACGAGCUUUUCUGAGGGUCAUUUCUGAGCGCCAAUACCUUCGUUUCCCGAUCGGUAGUGAGUUCAAACUAGAUCAACCUCUGCUCGAGUCUUUGCCCCACUGGAAGAAAUUGGUCAAUGAGGGACCGCCGAGGCCGAUCGAAUCAGCUUCAGCUAAACUAGUGGAUGCAGUGAUUUUCACAGAUGGUUUCACGCCGGAUCCUAGGAAGAAGGAACGUUUGCCUGAUCGUGUAGGAGCUGUUCUUUUUGAUAGGCGUUUGAAACGGCCUAUGCAAUUCACGUCAGCUGUCUCCAAAGCCGUUAAGAGGCGGUGGCUUGAGCGCUCGACUCAGAUUGUUCCUGUUGAGAUGGUCGCAGCUGUUCUAGCCCUGGAGACUUUUGCUGAUAGGAUCCGUGGUUCAGAUAUCUUAUUGCUCAUAGAUUCCGAGGCUGUUGAAGGUGCCUUGAUCAAAGGCUACUCGAGCCGAGAGGAUCUCUGUCAAUUAAUAUCUGUAUUUUGGGAUCUUGCAUUUCAGCUCCGAGUGAGAGUUUUUAUCGAUCGGAUCUCAACUGAUGCCAACCCAGCCGAUUGGCCAUCAAGAAAUAAACUUUCCAUAGGCGAGGCCGCAGGCUGGAUCACAGUGAACCCCUGCUGGCCGAAGGCUCUGUUUGAGACUUAG